UGAUGUAGGCCUGCCUGCCUGUGUGAGCUCUUAUAAAAGCAGCCCCCUCUCGCACAGCGCCGUUAUUUCCCCCCUCUGAUUCAGGAAACACUACCGAGAGACGCACUUCAGUAUGUCGGUGGCUCUGCGCGCACAGCUGUUCCUCUUUCUCAUCUCCCUCUCAUCAAGGAUGGGGAUAAGUCGCUACAUUGAGGAUAACGAAGCUGCAGAUGGACUAUAUUCUCUGCUCAGUUUGGACCAGAAAAGAGAAUCAGACGAUUUUAUUGUUCGCCGACCUCUCAGAUGUUUGGACAUGCUUGCCACGGAUGGUUACUUCACCUUUGUGGCGUCUCAACCACAGCUAGCCUGUGCUGCUUUCAUCAUCGCUGAGCCCAGUGAGGUCAUCAGCCUGGAGCUGUCUGACGUCAAUAUCGACUGCAGCGCUGGAGACUUCAUCAAGAUGUUUGACGGCUGGGUUCUGAAGGGAGAGAAGUUCCCCAGCAGGCAGGACCACCAGCUCCCGCUGAACCAGCGCUACACGGACUACUGCUCCUCCGCAGCACCAGGAGCCACCAGCCGCUCCUCUCAGAACGUCGCCAUGAUCUUCUUCCGCAUCCACAGCCCUGACAGUGGCUUCACCCUUACUGUAAAAAAGCUACACAACCCCUUCCCCUGUAACAUUAUGUCUCAGAGUCCAGAGGGCAGCUUCACCAUGGUGAUACCACACCAGCGCAGGAACUGCAGCUUCUCCAUCAUCUACCCUGUGGAGAUCCGGCUGACGGAUCUCAGCCUGGGGCAGGCCAUAAGCAAUGAGCUCAGCCCACAGAAGCAGGUGUGGACAGACUGUUCGGGGUCAGGUGACUAUGUGGAGAUGCUAGGGGGGAAUGGGGUGGACACCUCUAUGAUGUUCCCCAUAGCUGACCUUUGUUUCUCCCUCAGUGGGCUUGCCCAGAUGAAGAUUGGUUGUGAUAACUCGGUGGUGAGGCUGGUGUCCAGUGGGAACUAUAUCAAUCGUGUUUCCUUCCAGUACCGAUUACUGGAACAACGCGAGCUCCCCAAGACCCGAGAGAACGCUCUCGAUAACUUCUGCUCUGUGGAAUGAGAUCACACACACAGUCACAACGUCAUCCAUCUCUCUGUAAAUAUACUUGUUUGACUAAUGCUGUCAAUACAUAUUUUUUGUUGUUUUUGCCAAAUAUUUUAUUAGUGUCCUAAUUAUGUAGAAUAUUUAUUUGAAGAAUUAUUUUAUUCAUCUCAAAUUCAUGGUGGAUUUAGUGCUUUCUUUUUUUUCUUUCAAAAAAAUCUGUGAUACAUUAUAUUUCUUGGCAAGAGCAUUUUUAAAACCUUCCCUUUGUUGUUCUCAGUUUAUAUCAUGUGCUAAUAUGCUUUGGGAGGUUUUACAUCUCUGCUGUCUUUUCUGUUUAUAUUGCCUUGACAAUUUAAAAAUAAACAUGACUUGCAUGAUAAAGCACA